ACAUAAACACUCCUACUUCAGUUUCAAACGCGGAAAGAGAUAAGCACACAUGAAAGAGUGCAGAAAAACUUACCCCGGACAUCAAGAUAGAAAUAUUUAACGUCGAAUCAACCGCGGGAAGCACGACUGAGAGAUAAGUUAACACCAUGUCAAGAAGGAGAGCCGUUUUGAGAGGUGGGACUCCUCCUCCUGUCAACAGGAUCCGAGAAAACUCGAGACUAAUGCGCACACACGAAACUGUGGUUGAUUUCAUUAGUGGACGUCAUCCUACGGGCUCCAUCCUAGAUGUCUUCGCUAAUGGCUUCGGUUUAGAUUUUUUAAGGAACUUUGGCGGAGACUUUGACGAUGAUGUCAUAUAUUCUGACGACGACGACGACUAUUAUGAUCGCCUGAGUCCACAAUAUUCCCCCAGCAGGACGUUACAACCACAUCCGAGAAUAAGACAACUCACGGAGGAGGAAGCUGAUAAACAUGCAAAAGAAUUGAUAGAAGAAGAGGAGCGGAUUAAGGAGCGAACUGAGAGGAACAAGCGCAAAAAAAUGCGUAAAAAAGAAAAGAAACGAUUAGAGAAGGAGAAUGCAGUGAAAAGCGUUAUACCUGAGGAAGAACAAAGGACAUCAGACUCCUCAGAAAAUCAAGAAGAAAGUCCUAAAAUUGAAACUAAAUUAAUGGCAAAUGAAUCUUGUGAACGUGGAAAAUCACCACAUGAACCUGAGGCUGCCGCAUGUGAGCAGAGAGAAGAUGGAGAUAAAGAAGAAAAUCUUUUGAAAAUUAAUAAUGAAAAAGAAAUGGAACUAACGCAGGAUUUGGAAAUUAAAAACUCUGGUGCGGAUGAAACGGCGCCAGAGGAGACGUCUGACGAGAGGCCUGCAGAGGAAGAGAAGACAGAGGAAAAAAAUGAAGAAUUGAAAGUUCAACAGCCGUCAGAGGAAAAGCCAAAAGUUGAGGAGCAACCAGAAGUUCAAGAGAUAGACAAGAAACAUGAACCCGUUAAAGAGGAAACGACGGAUCCCACUGCAGAACAGUUUGCAAGUAGAAGCCGAGAGCUCGCCGGUAAUGGAAAUCGCUUGGCUGCACUAGGACAGUACGAGUUGGCCGUGAAAUACUUUACAGACGCCAUUAAAUACAACCCAAAGGAGUUUAGGUUAUUUGGAAAUCGGUCGUUCUGUUAUGAGAGAAUGGAGCAGUAUGAAAACGCUCUCAGGGAUGCUGACUUAGCACUUUGCAUGGAGCCAAACUGGAUUAAAGGUUUAUUUAGGAAAGGGAAAGCUCUCUGUGGACUCAAGAAAUACUACGAGGCCUCGUUGAUCUAUAAGGAGGUUUUGAAGUUGGAGAGUGCGAGCACUGAAGCCAGGCUAGAGCUGAAACGAGCGCAGACGCUGCACCUCAUGGAAAUGGGAUUCACCUGGGCGCAGAGCUCUGAGGCCCUGAAAUCACACGCCACGUUAGAGGCAGCCGUGGAAGCUCUGUUCUGUGGAGAUAACGCUCAAAGUCCUGGAGAUGCCGGCGCCUGCAGGGAAAUUACAAACAAGCCCGUAUGGCAUGAAGAAGAAGAAGAAGAAAAAGAAGACGAGUGGGUCGUCCUGCCGACGAGUCGUCCCAGAGCGCAGCAGGUUAAAGAGUCCGAGGCGGCAGGACCGGUCAGAUCCAAAUCUCAGUCUCCCACACCCGGUCUGAAGAGUCCGGUGAAACCGACUGUUUUCUCCGUUUGGGUUGGAUCCUUGGCUCCAGAUGUCACCUACGCAACGCUGCACGAGCUCUUCAGCAGAGCGGGGACGGUGCAGAGCAUCAAGAUGCUGCUGGAGCAACAGUGCGCCUUCAUCAACUACACCCGCAGAGAAGACUGUGAGAGAGCAGUCCUCUGUAUCAACGGAAUGGUUGUAGAGGGGGCUCCACUCUCUGUGCGACAUCCGGGUAAAUUUAACACCGGACCCAGCUCGUACAAGAAGGAGUGCUUCUUCUGGAGGACGUCGGGCUGCACGAGGCAGGACUGCACCUUCAGACACGUCCUGGAGAACAAGAACAUCGACCAGGCCAAGUUCACCAACAGACUGGGAAAUUUUCACAUGUAGGGAAACACAAACCACAAACAUGCAGCGCUUGCUUCAACAUUUGACGAGGCGGUGGCGGUGAACUCGUCUGCUUUUUGCACUUUCAUGUUUCCUAUUUUGGCUGCAGAAAAAUCUCAAUUGUGUUUGGAUUUGUCAUGUUUAGUUGCAUGUUUGAUUGAAGGCCCCAUUACUGUUGGGACAAAUACAAAGUGCCAAUCAAACUAUAAUAAUAAAAGUGUAUUAAGGUCAUAAAUAAUAAACACUAGGCUUUAGGCGUUCCUUAGGAGCGUCACUUUUCAGGGAUUGUUUUAAAUUCUCUUAACUGUUCAAAGAUUGUGUUUAAGGAUCUGUAUCUACUGAGUCGGAUUGUUUUUGAAAAAAGCAACACUUCCUGUUUUUUAAGCCACCACUAGAUGGUGGUGUUACCUUUUUAUCAAUCAAACUAUGGGGGCUGCAAAUUGUUCUGUUUUCUUUGCUUUUAUUUAAAGAAGCAGCGACUUGACCGAGCCUCUUUAACGUGCCAUGUUUGAUCAUGUGAGGGCGUCUGACACUAAUUCCUUAAGAAAAAGUGCCUUUUAGUUACUGUGGCUGUUUCCCCAGGAGGAACUAAAGCCUCAACUUUAAAGCUUCAUGUUGGACUGUCAACAUUAAUAUAAAGAAGCCAAAGACUUGGUGUUGUACUGAACGGUUUUGACGAGUGGUUCUACAGAACGUCCCUCCUUUUGCAGUGUUUUCUCACUGAAGUAUGACAAAACAAAAACUGGUGAUACACACGUGUUGAAGUGGACAACUGUCUGCUCACAUCACCGUUUAAAAAGACAAUCUGGGGAAAGUAUUUUAUCGAGCGUUAUGAAAACAUGUUAUUCCUGAUCCUGAAGGUUUCAAAGCUUCUUACUGCUGUUCAUCAUUUCUGUUCUCUGCAAGUAAAAAUCUGUUUCCUUGA